AUGCGCCGCCCUACCCAGAUCGGUCCUGUGGUGGCGUCAAGUUUGAGCGCUUCUUCUUCGCAGAGAAGCCGGUUCGCUUUUCAGCCACGUGAUGCGGAACCCAAGCAGCCGCUGUCAGCGCAAGGGGGGGAUGCCUCGCCUUCAGAGAGCGCCAAGUUUCUGAGUUCCCCUCGGCGCUCGUCGUGUAAGGGUCGGGCCUCGUUGGCGGCUGCCGGGGGGGGGCCUCCACUGUAUGUUCUUACGUCGGGUGCCUUGUAUGGCAGCGACACGUUCAAGGCCAAAUACGUCCUUACUCAGAUCAUCGUUCUUCAGUCAGCGUUCUACUUCCUCUAUGCCCUUUUCGCUCUCGGCGCACUCACAUUUUUCGCCGUGGAUCGCGGAGAUUGGCUUCCGGGCGUUCCAUUCACCGGCGAAGAUGCCUCCGGUAGCCACAACACCGCACUGACACCCGUCACUCCCUCCGCUGAGCCUGCACCGGGACGAAACAACCAGUCUCUCGUUGGGCUACCGCCCCUGACGGAAUACGCUGAAGGCGAGUUCCCACGCAACGGAGCUGAACACGAGAACAACGACAGCGUGCGAACUCAGGCAUCGCCAUGUAGGUGGAUGGCCUUGAACCCAGGUGACAGGGUGGCGCGGGGCGAAGAGGAGGCGCGGAGGGAAGCGGGAAAUGAUGGUGGAGCGCUACGGAUGUACUCCCUCUCGCGGUCGUACUUGGUUUUUAUGGUUGUCCAGCGAGCGCGAAAAUGCCUGGACUUCUGCUUCUCCAUCCACUUCUUUCACUUGCUGGCCUGUUGGGCCUUCGACGGCUUCCCAUCCAGCCCGAGUUGGUGGCUCUGCAGCGCAGCGUCCGCCACAGCAACGACAGCGAUUUCUCAGUACUUCUGUCGACAGGUGGAGAUGCAAGAUAUCCAGUUGGAGAGGCAGCCAGCGGGUAGUCGGCGAGGUUCUUCCGAGGCUGAGAGCGUCACCUCCGUUGGAAGCAGCAGCAGCGACGGUAGUAGUGGUUUCGGCGUGCCCAGCAUGGACGCUACAACGAGCUCAGAGGCUCCAGAAGAUCUGAAAGGAGUCAAGGAACUCCCUCCCGUCCUUUCGACCAGCGGGCAUAGUCGAAACACAGAAUUUGCCACACCAGCUCGUGCCGACCGGUCGUUUCCACUACAUGCUACUCAUAGCAUUUUGGAGGCCGGUGGGAGUGAGGGAUCAUCAUGA